AUGUCGGGUCACAGGCUGGACUCGAUGAUCGCAGAAGGUUUUUCCAACCUAACUGAUUAUGCCAAUGGUGAUCUCAUGCGACAAGUGAAUAAUCCUGUAGACCUCACUUACCAAGCCCCGCUGAGGGAGCCGAGCGCGGAGCGGGCCUGGGGCGGCCCCGCGCUGCCUCACGGGCCGCUCCCGCCCGCGGCCGCCAGGGGGCGCGCCCUUGUCCCAACGGCCGCGGNGCGCCCUUGGGUGCGGCGCCUGUGGGGAUGGCGGCUGCCGGUCAAGGUGGUCCAGACGCUUUUCUCUUUUGUGGCGCUUGUUUGUGAAGAAAUCGUGGAAGAUUGCAGCUCUUGUAGUGGACUUUACAUAUUUGAAUUCGUAAGCUGCAGUGCCUUUCUUUUGAGCCUCCUGAUUCUGUGUGCAUAUUGCACUGAUUUGUAUGAAUCACUGGGGGAAGAUAAAGUGAAGAAACUGAAUUUUUGGGCUGUGCCAGUCAUAGGUGUCUUCUUUCUGCUAGCAUCAAUAGUAUUUUCUGCAACGUGCUCUGGAGCUCCUGUUGAAAUUGCUGCAUAUGUAUUUGGAUUUUUCUCAACUUUAGCAUUUGCAGCUGAGUUUGGUAUAGAGCUCUUUCUCAGGCGAAAACAAAAAGGCACUCAUGAGCCCUCUGGACAUCCUGCUAAAACUCGAAGUGCCAAAGAAAAUCGGCCAUUGAAUAAAAAACGCUAACUUCAUGAAAAUGUUUCUUUUUUAUCUUUAUCUUUUUCUUUUUUUCUUUUUUUUUUUUAAUGGGAGCAAUCUAAAAUGAUCUUUCAGUGCACUGUAGGUAACAGCUUCUGUUUCUUUGUUCUAAUCGAUUUUGUAUGCAUUGCUUAUCACAAAUUUUUAUGGAUUCUUGGGUCAAGUAAUAGCAUCUUGAGCAUCAUGUUCUAAGGAAACUGGUCCUGCCACCUGUUGGGAUGACAGGCACUUGGGUCUAAACAGAAUCACUUCAGGACAGCAGUGUGCUGAUUUGAUUUUGACAGAGAUGACUAAUAAAGGUUAAUAUCUGAGGUAUAAAUUCCUAGCUAUAACCUAAAGAUAUUUCCUGGUUAAAUGGACCAGAUGCUUCUGUUGUGAGUUAUAAAUUAAUGCAGCAGAAUUUAUUUUUGUACUUCCUGGUCAAACUGGAAUCUUACAAGAAUGUUUAUCCUUCAGUAAGAGGUUUUGGGUUGUUUUUACUGCUCCUAUGUCUCAGUUCUGUCUCAGGAGAUAAGUUUAAUGGGAUAGUGACUGUAGGGGCUUAUGGGGAAGGUAUUGUAAAUGAUAUAUUAAGGAGACAGUUUUGCACCCCAUGAUUGUCGAAGUUUGGACUUGUGUGCCAGAAUCUUCUUUCAGAUGGUUUCGAAAGCUGUAACACUUGCAGGAAGAAACUUGAAAAGCAAGCAGUGAGAGGAGUAAGAUAAAGAAUAAAUAUUUACAUGAAGCAACUCCAGAAGUAGCAAUCUCAAUAUCAACGGGAAAAACCUUACAGCACGUUGUUUCUACCCUGGUAAAUAUUACUUGCAAGGUUAAUACUAUAUGCAGCUUCUUUAUGUAUAGAUAAUGCUAAGUUUUGCCAGAAUGGUUUUGAACCUCACUAUUUUCUGUGUUUAUAAAUAUGGCAGUAGCUUGAGACUCCUUGAUGCUGACUAGCUCAACUGGUAAACGGGUAAAUUGAUUUGUUUUGCAAGCAAUAGUCUGUAGGACUGCAGGGAGCACUACUGAUAGGACACGUAUCAGACAAGUGACAGAUGUGUCAGACCAGAUGCUGAUGGCUGUAGAAGAAAUGAAGUGCUGAAAAAGCAUUUUUCUCAUGUCUGAUGUAAAAGCAAGACUGCUACACCUCUCUUAAGAGGAAAGCCUUCAAAAGCAGAGCAAAUUACUGUAAGCCAGGAGAUGUUCCAAAAUACCAAAGCAAAUGAGAAUAAGCUGAUUAUGCAAAAACAAUUCUUGUUUGAGUGCUUAGCACAUUUGCUGUGUCUCCCAGGUGAUAACUGCAUUUCACUGAUAUUGCAAUUUAGCCUGUUCCCAGUCCUGUAAAAUGUUGUGGCAGUGCUGA